AGAGGGCACAGUUCUCACUGCAUGAGACCUGUCUGCUCCUCCAACACUCACCUUCCCUGUUCUCCAGCAUGCUGUGUCUGUGGCUCCCUGGAGGCUCCUGCAUGGCAGCUCUGGCAAUGACGCUGAUGGUGCCGAGCCCUCCUGGGGCUUUGGUCAGGGACACCAGACGAACCAAGAGGACUGGGACCCACAUCGCAGCUGGUCAGAGGGGUGUCUUGGCUGUCAUGGGCUCCUCCUGCCUCUGGGAGAUGAGAGAUGAACUUGGACACUGGUCUCAAGGAGGCCCUCCUGUGGGAUUGUGGGCACUUCUGCCCAGGAGAACAGCCUUUGACUGGAUCACUCCUGUUCUCACAGAAUGUUCCAUGGAGUACGUUAAAUCAGAAUGUCAUUUCUCCAACGGGACGGAGCAGGUGCGCUUCCUAGAGAGACACUUCUUUAACCUGGAAGAGUAUGCGCGAUUUGACAGCAAUGUGGGGGAGUUCCGAGCUGUGACUGAGCUGGGACAGCCUGCAGCCAAGUUCUGGAACAGCUGGGAGGAUGCCCUGAGGCAGGAGCGGGCCACCGUGGACACUUUCUGUAGGUUCAACUACAGGGUUGUGCAGAGCAUAACUGUGCAUCUGAGAGUUGCUCCCAAGGUGACCUUGUACCCCACAAAGACCCAGCCCCUGCAGCACCACAACCUCCUGGUCUGCUCUGUGAGUGGCUUCUACCCAGGCCACAUUGAAGUCAGAUGGUUCCGGAAUGGCCAGGAGGAGGAGGCCGGGGUGGUGUCCACAGGCCUGAUCCAGAACGGGGACUGGACCUUCCAGACCCUGGUCAUGCUGGAAGCGGUUCCUCAGAGUGGAGAGGUGUAUGCCUGCCAGGUGGAGCACCCGAGCUGGAGCAGCCCUGUCACCGUGGAGUGGAGGGCAUGGUCUGGAUCUGCACGGAGCAAGAUGCUGAGUGGAGUCGGGGGCUUUACACUGGGGCUGCUCUUCCUCGGAGCGGGGCUGUUUGUCUACCUCAGAAAUCAUGGGUGUCAUCACGAGGGGUCUUGAGAAAGGAAAGAAGCUGUGUUCCGGGUAAGGUCGGAAAUCAUCACUGCCCUCUGUCCCUGCGGGACUCCUGAGCUGAAGGGAAGAUGAAAGCCCCGUGUCCCCGCCUUUUCUUCCACAGCGAGGCUAUCACGGGACCCGGUUCGCCCGGUUCAGUGACCCCACGGAACGUGCCCUCCCGCGGGGCUUCUUCCGCCCCGCCCCUGGCCUGGAGCCUGGCACACACAGCAGGACUUCUUCAUAAGCCACUGGCCGCUCUGUGUUCCAGUCUGGCCUCCUCCCUGCGUCUGAACGCACAUUUUGUUACUUUUUUGUCAAAUAAACAUAGAUUGAAAAAUCAUUUGCUUUAUACAAAUUUGAGGACAAAAAAUAAAA